CCGUGCAACAGUGCAAGCAGCGUUGCUUUGGUCAUAGUAAAGAAAUUUGCGUAUCCUCGUUAAAUUUACUUUUCGUGGCGUGUUUUAUUUAACAAAAUUUCUAAUAAUCUUCAGCAGCGAUGGCAAGCAAAUUCUUGAGCGUCUUAACCGUCUUCGCCUUGGCCGGCUCCGGCUUGGCUGGCGUUGCCACCUACGCCUACAACCCUUAUGCCGCCUACCAUCACCUGCCCGCCGCCGUGACUACUUAUGCUAGCCCCGCCCACCAGGUCGUGUACCAACAUGCCGCACCAGCUGCCGCCGUCUACCAUCACGCGCCCGUCUACACCAAGUCUUACCUAGCCGCCGCGCCCGUUGUCGCCGCUGCACCAGUUGUUAAGACCGUCGCACCAGCCGUGCAAGUUGCCGCUCCCGCACCAGUUGUUACCAAGACCGUCGUCGCUGCCGCACCUGCACCCAUUGUCAAGCAAGUCGAAAUCGAAUCCGCUCCACGUUAUGAUUUCUCUUAUGGCGUACAUGAUUCCUUGACCGGUGACAUCAAGAGCCAGGUGGAGAGCCGUGAUGGUGGCAAUGUUGCCGGUUCGUACAGCGUUAUCGAUGCUGAUGGCUAUAAGCGUACCGUUACCUAUACCGCUGACGAUGUGAAUGGUUUCAAUGCGGUUGUACAACGUGAACCAAUUGUCGCCGCCAAGGUUGCUGCCGUUGCUGCUGUUGCUGCACCAGCUGUGCAACAAGUUGUUGCCGCACAGCCCGUUGUGCCAGUCCAACAACAGUACUUGCAAUACUUGCCACAACAACAACAACACUUUGUACAACCCGCUCCAGUUGCUGUCGAACAACAGCCCGCCGAAGAGCCAGCAGCCGAACCUGCACCUGUCGAAUACCCGGAACAAGAACAGCCAGAGCCCGAGCAACAGCAACCCGAGCAGCCACAAUACCCACAAGAUCAACACUUCCCACCCUACCCCCAAUCCGAGGGCGAUGACUCCGAUGUCGUGGAUGUGCGCUCAGCCAAUAGCAGCGACAAUGCCGAACCAUCCAGCACCGCAGCUCCAGCGCCUGUGACCGAAGCGGCGAAAGAAGCUUAAGCGGGGUAAAAUGUGAUAACGCGGGUGAUUUGUUGAGAUUUUCGUUUUCCCUCGCGCAAAACAUUAAACUGAAGAUAAACGCAUUGUUAGCUGGUUUAAAGAUUUAAAUUAAU